GAUACAUAAAUGCUAAUGUUCAAAAUUGUUAGCAAUAUGAUUGCAACAGCAGAAAGAUAAUUAAUUGAUCAUAGGGAUUUAGGCAGAGACACGAGGAGCCCAAGAUGUUAGCCUUCCAACUUACCCAUCCUAACUUCAAUUUAUAUACUUAUUAAAAAUAUAUAUAUGUAAAAGAAACACAAGCAUACAUGGCUUUAACUUUACUCCUACUCAAUCAUCCAUAAAAAAAUCACUCAACAUCUCACAUACUUCUCUCAUAAUUCUUAGUCUUUAAUCCUAAGGUCAUCAAGCUGAUCAUCCUCUUCUACCUCCAACCAUGAGCUUAGCACCAUCUGCUUUACCCUCCAUGAAACCUUACAGAGCAAAGCUACCCCUCUCUAUCAUGACUCUUCUCAUCUGCAGCUUUGCAUUCGUUGCUCUCUUUUAUACAGAGAGAAUUAGCCCGCUUUCUUCCAACUCCAUUUUCAAGAUCAAAUCCUGUUCUAAAAAAGAUGCUUUCGCAAAAUCUACCAAACAGGAUAACAUGGAAAACUCCAAAGUAGUAGACGAUAGGUUCGAUUUUGACCCUGAAGAGUGCAAUGUUGCUAAUGGGAAGUGGGUCUUUAAUAGGUCCAUUAAGCCUCUGUACUCAGACAGAAGUUGUCCUUAUCUAGAUAGGCAAGUUGCUUGUGUCAAAAAUGGAAGGCAAGAUUCUGAUUACCGUCACUGGGAAUGGCAGCCAGAGGACUGCACCUUACCAAGAUUUAAUCCAGAAGUUGCUUUGAAGAAACUUAGGGGGAAGAGACUAAUGUUUGUGGGUGAUUCGCUACAAAGAGGUCAAUGGCAAUCUUUUGUUUGUUUAGUUGAAUUCAUUAUACCUAAAGAAGGGAAAUCUAUGAAAAGAGGACGCUUCCAUUCAGUCUUCAAAGCCAAGGAAUACAAUACGAGUAUUGAAUUUUACUGGGCUCCAUUUCUAGUGGAAUCAAAUUCUGAUCAACCCAUAAUAGCAGAUCCAAAGAAGAGAAUAUUGAAAGUGGAUUCAGUAGCCAGGCAUGCCAAAAACUGGAUAGGAGUGGAUAUUCUUAUCUUCAAUACUUAUGUCUGGUGGAUGAGUGGCCUUAGAAUCAACUCACUAUGGGGUUCUUUUGCAAAUGGGAACGAAGGGUUCGAGGAACUAGAUACACCUGUAGCUUAUAGAAUAGGAUUGAAGACGUGGGCCAACUGGGUCGACUCAACUAUAAAUCCCAACAAAACCAGAGUCUUGUUCACUACCAUGUCCCCUACACACACAAGAAGCCAGGAUUGGGGGAACAAGGAAGGAAUCAAAUGUUUCAAUGAAACAAUACCAGUGAUGAAGAAGAAGCACUGGGGAAGCGGUUCAAAUAAGCAAAUGAUGAGCGUAGUGGCAAGUGUAGUUGGGAAGAUGAAAGUUCCCGUUACGUUUAUCAACAUAACACAGAUUUCAGAGUACCGAAUUGAUGCUCACACAUCGGUUUAUACAGAGACUGGGGGAGAACUGUUGACGGAAGAGCAAAAGAAUGAUCCAUUGAGGCAUGCAGAUUGUAUUCAUUGGUGUUUGCCGGGAGUACCAGACACCUGGAACCAGAUAUUCUUUGCUCAUUUGUAGCCAUCAAGAAAAACAAUCCAACUCCGUCAUCAAUUUUUUUGGAGAAAACUCUGUCAUCAACUAUACAUAGUUUUGUUUUUGUUUUCGUUUCUGUUUUUUGUUUUUUUUUUAUUGC